AUGCCGGAAAGUGAAAAGACAAAACCAUCUGCUCGACAAGCCGAUGAUCACCAAAUGGUAAAGUGCGUACUCGACGAGUUGGGCGUCGAGUGCUCUGCGGUUGUAUAUCGCAUGGGUGUUCAUGACCCAACAAAAAAAGGUUUGCGUCUUUUAAAGGUGAUCUUGCCGGCGCGGCGUUUUCAAAUUCAGGCUUUAAAAAAUUGGACUAAAAAACGUGACACAAUUCGUCAACUGGUUGGAAGUGAUAAAUUUGCAAUUCGUUGGUCAGAAACAGCUGAAGAAAGAGCGGAGAAGAAAGAAAAUUGGCAAACCAGAAAUAUAAGUGAUCGACGUAAAAUCUUGAAUGAAAAAAACUCUUAGUGCCACAAUGCAGUGAUUUAAGGUUUAAUUAUUUUUCUUUUAAACAGAAUUUUACAUAUACUUAUAACAAACCACUUACAUGCACAAAUCCCGGGAAAAAGAAUUUUAAUGAGGAAAUUAAUACAAAAAAGAUUAAAAAUAACCCCCUUUACCGUUUAAACCUAAUAAAUCAAAAAAUCAAUCCCAAAUUAAAAUGUAUAUAUUUUAACUCAAGAUCUAUACUUAACAAAUUACCAACUUUAGAAUACAUAAUCUCCACAGAAAAUCCCGAUUUUUUAUUCAUCAC